AAGUGGAGCUGAUGCGUCAACCCGGUGAUUCACCCGCGCACAGGGGUGAGGAGGAGGAUAACGACACAGGGAAACACGGGCAGGGAAAACCGGGAGAGAGGGGAGAUCCAGGGGAGGAGGUGGAGGAAGCUACAAAAACCUCCACCGUCAUUCAACCAGUCACAGACCAUGCGCGCGACUUGGCCGCCAAUACAAGACCCGCAACUUUGUAUUGAACAGUAGACUCAGCAGCACCUGAUCACAGCAGACACUUUGUGGACUCAGAAAUACCACUCAAGAUAAAAAUCUACCAGAAUCUACAGAACUGUCGGUUAAUUUUAGCUUUACAGUCUUGAGUGGAUGAACUUCUGAGAGCGCACUGAGGGGAGAUAACAGGAUUUGGAAAAAUGAAAAGGUUUUGCAGAGUUCAUUACACGCAGAUGGUCAUUCUAUUGGCCGUUGCUGUGGCCUCAGCCCUGGAUGCCAGCGAAAGGAGCUCCAUAGAAAGUACCUAUGAGCUGACCAAGUACCUGGAGUAUCAACUGAAGGAGAUCAAAGACGUAUAUCUCACAUACCUGGGCCCACCAUUUAAUGAGAAAGACUUCUCCCCUCCACGACCCAACAGCACCGCCCUGUCCCUGCCCAGCGCUGCCACUCGCCUGGAGCUUUGGCACGGUCUGGAGAACCAGGCUCGACUGGCACUAAACCAGAAAGCUUACUCCAUUCUUUUGGCAGCGGUCAGGGAGUUAGCUCGGUCUACCCUCUGCCCCUCCCUCAAAACAUCACUGCUACAUUUCUGCACAGGACUUGACGGACUGCUGGGAUCUAUAUCUGCGCUGAUGACAACGCUGGGGUACGCGCUUCCAGCCACGUCUGCCAACAUGAGGGUGAUGAGCAGCGACAUGCAGAGGGGCAGAGACCGACCCGCUCCCCUCAUGAGCACGGGCCUGUACCGUUCCAGGACCAGGGCGGAGUCAGGACAACGCGGAAGCACGAGGCGAACACGGACGAGGGUUGUGAGGGGCGACGAAGAGGAUGCUUUGGAGUUGACGAACACAAACAGUGGAGCCGGGAGAGCCGAGAUGCCUGGAGGGAGGAGCGCUGGGUCAAAGGAGCGAGGAAGACGACGGGGGAAAAGGGCGGAGGCUGAGAGAUGGAGCUGGGAUGUUGAGAAAGACAUGCAAAACACAGGCGGCCCAAAGAGAAAGCUGUUGAGUCUGAAUGAGGAGCAAGAAUUCAGCAUAUCACCACCUGGCAUUGAAAUUCAAACUAAUAUUAACUCAAAUAACAACAACGCAUUCAGUUACAACCUCAAUGCGCCAUAUGGAGACACACUCAGAAAGGAAGAUGGAGUUUUUGCAGAGACAGGACUUUCGGUUCUGGUUACAAAUGAUGAAAAAUCAAGUUCCUCUUCUUCCAGACAUCACCGGUCUCCACGCUCGCUCCUCCCUUCAACAAUUCCACCUCCUCUUUCAACUCUCUCCUUGCUAUACCAGUUUGGAGAAGAGCACACCCUACUACCCCAGCCAGUCCCGCUGUCUUUACGAAAAGGGCUGUACUCACCUCCUCAGCGCUCAUCUCCUCCUUCCUCAUCUCUAUCGGUGCGACCCACAAUGAAUGACUUUGCCCGGAAAGUAGAGGGUUUUUGGAUACUUCGUGAACUGCAGAGCUGGUUGUGGCGAUCAGCAAAAGACUUCAAUCGCCUUAAAAAGAGACUCUGAGAAAGAGGAAGGAGAGAGUGUUAUUUUAUUUGCACAAAAUCAAAUAAGACUGGAUAAACUGCAAGCACACAGAAAUUACUGAGUCUUUUCCAACUGGAAGACAGGAAUGAAGGAUGUUUGAUCUUAAAGCCCCACCGUGUAACUUUUUAGCCAAAAAACAGACUAAAAUAUAAACUUUUUUUUUUUCUUUUUUCAUUUGGGACGUUUGUAUUGCACUAGAAAGGUAGAAAAACAUGUAGUUUGAGUGGAUUUGCAUCUCCACAAACCUGACUCUUACUUGGCCUGGGGGAGGGCCUAUUCCACCUUGUUUCCAUGGAAAUGUUCUUCCUUUGGCAAUAAAAUUCCACAAUAUGACAUAAGAACAUAUCAAUCUCCUUGGACAUCAUUACAUCGUUUUAACUAUUUCUAUGGAAUCACUGCAGGUGAUGUGGCACUUCCAGAAAGUUACACAGUGUUACUUUAAAAAGAGUGUACAAAGCCCACAUAUAAGACAUUUAUUUGAUAAACCUCAUUCAGCACAUCCUUAGCUACGCUUCAAAGAUCAACAGAAAUACAGCUGUUGGUGACAGACACACAGGGGUCAAGUGAGUGACAGGCAGCCACACAGACAGAGCAGCCAUUGAUAAAAAUCUGAUUCAGUGACUUCUAAGUGUGAAUCAGCAAACAUUCACAUUGUCCCAAAGCAAGAUGGGAAAAUCGUGAUUGGGUGCAGGACAAAAGAAAAGGAAAUAGCCCGAGGAUGAGGAGCGAUGAGGAGAGAGGAAACAGAGGAAGACCGGAGGAGGCGUGAGUCAAGCGGGUACAAGGAAAGAUGCUGAGUAAUCCAGUCUGCCCGCGUGGUUACAGUAACUCUACAACAGGGCUACACAUGCUGUCCAGACAAAAGGUGGUCACUGUGGUAUAAAACGCACCAUUGUGGUAAACCAAACCUUCAAAAAUAUCAUCAUUUUGCAAAUUUGCUGUUUUUAUUGACACUCCCUCAGAUAUGAUUUCACCAACUGCUUAUUCCACAUUUUCACCUCACCAUUUUAAGUGUAUUUUUAU